AUGCGAGUGGGUCGCCAUACACGAGCGACGCUGUCCAUGGAUGAAGCGGCAGCGAAUGAGCGACCCAGCCGGAAGAUGAGUGCCGACGCCGUCAGCCGCAAAAGUUCAUUCGCACAUUCUCGAAUGUUGCAAAAAGCCCGUCAGGACUAUCGAAUCCAUUCAAGCGACGACGUCGACAGCCGAGGCAGUGACGGCUCGCUGAAAGAUACGGCGAUGGAUGAGCCGUCCUGUUCCCUGGCUAUUGACGAUGGUGGAACUCGACGAGCUCGCUCCGUCACGUCAAGUCGAAUUAGUCUCUUUUUCGCUAAGGAAAAAGAAAUGCUCAACAAGCUGAACGAGAUGAAAGAGCGCACGGAACCGCUUUCAAGCAUUAUCCCAGAAAUCGAGAACCAUUGGACGGACAUCGUGGCCGAUCGAGGGUCUCUCUACGAGGAGACACGUCGAUCAGCAAGAAGCGAUUUGGGAGAUUGUAACCACAGAAUAUCGAUAUAUUCAGGUUCUCAAAAAUAUGCACGAUCUCUCGAAAUCAGUAUCUCACGAGUGUUUCUCAACUAUUCCGAAUUGUUCACCGUUAACGUCAUUUUUUGGCGACGGGCUGUUCAACCAUUACUCGACUACUCUAGGCAAACUCGGAAGCCAUUCGAUCCUUUACUACUGUUGCAUGGCUUCGAAGAUAUUAGCGAAUGGUCGAAGUGCUACAUUCCAUUUAAUCUUGGCCAUGAUGAUAGCCACACGUAUGUGCAGAAGAAGCAGAAGGACAACGAGAUGUUCAGAGAGUUCGUGCAGUGGGCGGAAUCACAAGAGUCUAUGCGACGGCAAAAACUUUGCGAUACGUUGACGAGUCCCAUGCAGCGACUAACUAGAUACAGCCUCCUAUUGAAGGCCGUGCUAUCAAAUUCGACCGAUGAUCGGGAACGCUUGAUCAUUCAAACCAUGAUUGACCGAACUGACGCUGCCACCCAACAGUUGAACUUCGAGCUGAAUAACAAUGAUCUUCGACUACAGAUGGCCGAAAUUAUGAAGAGUAUUGAUGGCUACGAUGCAGUUGAUUGUGAAGAAUUCGAAAAGUUGUUCCCAAAUCGCCGAGCUACGUUGGACUUGAUGGCACCGAUGCCACUUCUGCCUGGACCACCACAAUUCCGACGAGUCAUUCACCGCGGUAAUCUGAAAAUCAGAGAAAGUCGACAAGGACCAAAGGUGGAAAUGCACUGUUUGCUCUUCACGGAUAUGCUCUUGCUCUGCAAAACCUCCAACAAACGAACCGAUAAAGGCCUUCGGGUGGCCCGACCACCCAUUCACAUUGCUCAUAUGAUCUAUCACCCUUUCAAUGAUGCCAGUGAGUUAUUAACAAUUUUAUCACUGAAU